CGAAAUUCAUUGUAUCUUGGUUUCAUUAUUUCUAUAAAUUGCAGCCCUAGAAGUUUGAUUCGCGUUUUUUCUUACUGGUAAAUUGCUGCUAAAAACCAGCUAGAAUUCUAGCAAGAAACCAGAUAAUUUGUGAUGAUUAUCAAAAAAUAUUAGCUUAUCGACAAAUUGUCUGCAAAUCAUAUCAAAAAACGGAUGCGUUUAAUCGCGUUUCUUUUUAUUUCCUUUACAUUACACUUCCUCUAUGAAUACUUGGGUAGUCACCAGCAGACAACGCUGAUAGAAAAAUGUAUUGAUUUGUCGCCUGCGCAAUGAAUGCUGUUGCAUACUCUUAGGCGUAACAAAUCAACAUUCACCUACAGUUUCUCAGCAUCGCACGAUACAUUUUUAACCAUUUUCUUUUUUUUUUAUAUAAAAGUGCAGAGGACCUCUUAAACGCUGCAGUAAAUUAAAGUAUUUUCAAACUAUUUAAAUUUCGGUAAAAGUAUAAGUUUUCUUAAAUUUAAAAAACCAAACUAUCUGUAAAAUAAAAUGUCGGAAUACCAAAGCGUACCUGACACAGGAGAUGACUUGGAUAAUGAAUCUGUGGAAGUGUUGCGUGCACGAUUAAACGAAAUGAAGCGAUUAAUGAGCGAACGCACUGCACAAAUACAACAGAAUCCAGCCACAACGGAACAGGUGUGGAGCACUAAACGUUAUACCACAACUGGCGUUAUCGAUGGCAAUUUCUUGAGUCUAGCUUUUGGAGGUGCUCUUAUGGUCAUCAUUUCAGUUUCUGUAUACGCCUUUUAUAAUUUAUAUCAUGCAGUAUUGAAAAAAUUCCCUUCACAUCACACAGAACUGUAGAAGGCCAGAGAUCAGUUAGCGGCAAGAGAAGAACGAAAACUUUGGGCUAUAGUUCAAACAUGUAUGUACAUACGCUCACUCCAUUAUAUCUGUGUAUAUCCUUGUUUUUUUUUUUUUAAUAAUCACAAUGUUUUGCAAGCAAUAAUUUUUUUGCUAGUUUUGUACAAAAAUAUGGUUCGUGCCAUAAACAGAACCAUGUAAAUCAAAGUUUCGAACUGUUUACAAAAUUAAGGAAAAUUUAACGAGAUUUCAUCAAAAUUUGAAGCAUUUUACUCAGAUUUUCUAAAAAAACUUCUGGUACGCAGUUUCAUAGCCUGUUCAAUUUUAAUGCAAAAAUGUACAAAUUUGAAGUGGCUAAAAAAUCGCGUUCGCCGUCAGCAAAAAAAAAAUCAUUAAAAAUCAAUGCGAUUUCUUAGCCACUUCAAAUUUGUAAUUGUAAUUGUUAUAUGUUGUGAAUAUUAAAAUCAAAAUCCCAGGUUGUACGCAGAUAUAAUGGUGUGAGUAGUACAUAUGUGAGCACGUUUUCAAGCGAAAAUUAUUUUAUCUAACAUUGUUUAUGUGUUCAAUAAAUUUACGGGGAAUGAAAAUUUACUACGUCAGCUUAAAGUUAAAACUUCACAUCAAGCUUUUCAGAAGUUCUGUGCUGUGUUCAGCUGUCAGUUUUAUAAAUUAUUGUCAACGCCGAAAGCCACAACCCCUGAAUCGUUUGGUGUGAUGCUCCAACUAAAAGUGCAGAAUUUAUAGUUCUGAUAAAUUUAUCCUAAUGGAGUGUGUUAUGAAAAUCAUUUUUAGUAGAAUUGAACACAGUUGAAAUAAAAAGCACUUUUCAAAGUGUGAUAAGUUAUCUUA